AGGAAAAGAGGAAGAACGACAGUUUGUUCUUGUACAAAGCGAGAAAACAAAACCCUUUCUGUUUCAUAUAAAUUGGAUGAUGUGAUUCAGGGUUUGUGUGAUUUGAAUUGGAUGAUUAUGUGCAAUAUUGACCAGGAUUGAGGAGGCGCCACAGGGAACAAAGUGAAGAGGAGAAAAGGAGAAGGAGGAAGAGCGCUGAAAAGGAGAAAAGGGACGUAAGAACUGGUUCAAUUUCUUCAGUACAAAUUUUUCUUUUGCUCUGAUAAAACCCUAAGUUGAAAAGGAGAAGACCGGAGGAAUGAAGAAUUGCAUUGAGGAAUGAUAGAUUUCCCAGUAUUCGUUGGACCAUCUUGGACUCUUGGUUACUUCCAAAGGACUUUUCUUUUCGUGUGUCAUCACAUACUUUUGAAGCAUGGAUGGAUCAUAUGAAUCUUCAAUGUGUAAUGGAAGUAACUGUAAUGAAAUGCAAUAUAAGGGAGUUCGGUAUGAUAAGUUGUCUACAGAAGAUCUUAAAGGGCAGGAGUUUAAGACUGUGGAGGAAGCUGAAUCAUUUUACAAUGCCUAUGCAAAGGCUAUGGGUUUUGGUGUUAGAAACGACUACAAGAGAUUAAGUAUACGCAUAACAGGGAGAGUCACUUCAUUGCGGUUGGUUUGUUCUGCUCAAGGGAAAAGAAGAGAAGAGUACAUGAGUAACAAGAAAAGAGUUCGCAGGCCAAAGAAAGAAACAAGAUUCAGUUGUCCAUGCUUGUUCAAAGUAAGGUACCGUUCGAAUAUUAAUGCCUAUAUUGUUGAUGAUUUCAUAACGAACCACUCACAUCAGCUUGCACAAGCACAUGAGUCGCAUCUUCUUCGAUCACACAGAUCAGUUGAAGAUCAACAUUUAGCACUGGCCACAUCUAUGCAGAGAGUGUCUGUUAAGCCUUGUCAUACAUAUGAAUACAUUGUUGAUAGAUCAGGAGGUUUUAAGAAUGUCGGGUUUAUUAUGAAGGACUUGUACAACAAGUUAGAUUCAAGACGCCGAGAAAUUUUACUUGAGGGUGAUGCAGAAGCUGCACUUGCAUAUAUGAGAGGCAAAGUUGCCACAGACUCGCAUUUCUACUGUAAGUUUAGCAUAGAUGAAGAUAAUAGGUUGGCGAAUAUGUUUUGGAGAGACUCUAAUUCUCUGGUGGAUUAUACUUGUUUUGGAGAUGUCUUGGUGUUUGAUAGUACCUACAAAACCAAUCCUUAUGAGAAGCCGUUAGUGUUGUUUGUUGGUUCAAACAAUCAUUUAUCAACCACAGUUUUUGGUUUUGCAUUACUCAUGGAUGAAACGAUUGAGACUUACACAUGGGUUUUGGAGACCUUUAUAUCGUCUAUGAAUAACAAAAGGCCUGUAGCUGUUUUGACUGAUGGGGAUGAAGCAAUGCGAAGGGCUAUUGAAGUGGUACUCCCUGGUUGUGCUCAUCGUCUGUGUACGUGGCACAUAGCAAAGAAUGCCCGGAGGCACCUGCGUAAGAACAGUGUAUUUUCUGAAUUUAGACGUUGUAUGUGGGAUGAAGUCACUCCAGAUGGUUUUGAAAAACGCUGGAAUGCUAUGGUUAACACACAUGGUCUCCACAAUAAGGAUUGGGUUAAGAUGAUGUAUGAAAAGAGGCAAAUAUGGGCAGAGGCAUUUAUUAGUGGCCAUUUUUUUGCCCGUAUGAGAAGCACGCAGAGAUGUGAGGGUAUGAAUAGCUAUAUGAAGGGUUAUCUGAAAAACGGUGUGAAAUUAUUUGAACUUAUUCCGGCACUUGAUAGGGCAUUGUUACGGCUUAGGAACAAGGUUGUGGAAGAGGAUUUUAAGUCCAAUAACUCUAGUCAUGUCCUUACUUCUUCACUUCGAAAAUUGGAACAUCAUGCAGGUACUAUGUUCACUGAUAGUGUGUUUGAGCAUGUACGUAACGAGAUUGAUGGGGUCGGCGAUUUAAUAACAUCUCGAACUAUGGUGUUUGGUUCAAGUCGUGUAUACUUUACAUCUAGUUACAAUAACAACAAGCAAGAGAUUGAGUACACGACGGUUUACUAUCCUGAUGAAAACAAUCCUCGUAUGGAGUGUUCAUGUAAGCUGUUUGAAUGUGAAGGCAUUCCAUGUUGUCAUAUAUUUAACGUUAUGAAACAUGAGCGUAUGAAUGAGAUUCCUUCAUCCUUAUUAAUGAAGAGGUGGACGAAGUCUGCAAAAUCUGAUACGCAAAUAUCAGUUCAUGAAGACAACGUCCCUAAUGAAGCUAUAGAAUUUGCCAGGUACGGCGAUUUAAAUUGUUUUGGAAGUAAACUGUGUUUUCUUGCAUCGAAAACAAAGGAGGGCACGGACAUCCUCAACAGAGAAUUCAUCAGAGUAGAGCCCAUACUAUUAGACUUGUGGAAGCAAGAGAAAGAAAAAAUUGUCACUCCAGAGCACUGCAGUAAUAUUAUAAAAGAUCCAAUCAAGGUGAGGACCAAAGGCACCCAAAAGACCACAAGUAUUAAAAAAUCUAGACAGUGUAGUUGGUGCAAGAACUAUGGACACACAAAAACGACAUGCCCGCAGAAAAAACGUCGACGAAAUAGAGCUUGAAACAUUUGAUUGAAACAGAGUAAUAAUUGUUUUCUGUAAACAAAGAAUUUUUCAAUUAUUGACCAACAGUUAUGGUCAAUCUAAUUUGUUAAUGUACAUUUUGUUUACAAUG